AUGGGGUCUGGGGACUGGGGUCCGGUGGUGAUAGGGGUGGUUCUGUUUGUGGUCUUGACGCCGGGGCUCCUGUUUCAGCUCCCAGGAAAAAACAGAGUGGUGGAAUUCGCCAACAUGCAGACCAGCGGCAUCUCCAUCUUCGUCCACAGCAUCAUCUUCUUCGGCCUCAUUACUAUUUUCUUAAUUGCCAUUGGCGUCCACAUCAGUUCCGGCUAA